CAGAAAAAAAUCUUCCAGAAGAGGAAUUCCGAUGUCUUUUGGAGGAGAGGGAGUCCUGCCUAUCCUAUCCACUCACUUCAGUUGAAGGGAUCUGUGACAUAAAGCAAGACACUGCCGGAGCUUUCGGAGAAAAAAAAAGGUAGUUGAGCACAGAAGAUGAUAGGGAAACAAGACAGCGCUAUCCUUUAAGUUCUGUAUUUAACAUUCUCGUGAGUAUUGUUAAUUCAAACCUUAAUUAUUAGGACACAACGAGGCUAUAUUAAACAUUCGCAGGUAGCUAUCACUUCUAAGUAAUACAUAAGGUAUAUAAUCAUACGUAUGUACAGAUUAAUAUUUUUGGAAGACAUAUUCGCCAAUGGAAAACCAUUAUUUAUCCAAGAUGUCACCUGCUGUCGAUUACGGAGCGGGCGCCUUUUUACUUCUUAUAGCUGUGCUGUCUGCUGUGGGCAACCUGUCAGUCCUUAUCACUGCCUUCAAGAGGUCUUCGCACCUGAAGGCUCCAGAGCUCCUGAGUGUGAACCUGGCUGUGACUGACCUCGGCAUGGCCAUCACCAUGUACCCUCUGGCUAUUGCCUCUGCCUGGAACCAUGCUUGGCUUGGGGGAGACACCUCUUGCAUUUAUUAUGGACUCAUGGGAUUUCUGUUUGGGGUCACGAGCAUGAUGACUUUGGCUGUAAUGGCCGUCGUUCGAUUUGUGGUUUCAACCAGUCUGCAGUCUCCUAGGGAGAAGAUAAGCAGAAGGAAAAUUCACGUUCUGAUUAUUUUCACCUGGCUGUAUUCCCUGCUGUGGGCAGUCUUUCCACUGCUUGGCUGGGGGAAGUAUGGUCCUGAACCUUUUGGGAUAUCAUGCACCAUUGCCUGGGCUGAGUUCAAAGAAAAUGGAUCUUCAUUUUUGAUAUGCAUAUUCACACUCUGCACAAUAAUACCAGCAGUGACCAUCAUAGCUUGCUACUUCGGAAUAGCAUGGAAGCUCCAUGUGGCCUACAAGACCAUUAAGAACAGCAACCACAUCCCUAAUGCAAUGAAAGUGGAGAGACGACUUGCUCUUGCCAAAGAAGUGUUUAAAACAACAUUUCAAGAUGAGCAAUCACAGCUUCCCCACUCUGGACUCCCUCCUGAAACAAGAUAUGCGGUAACAGCAUGAAAACAUCAGGUGAAUUCUCCUUUGACAUCGGCAUGAAUAGCACCAAAUGAACACCUAAGUGACACUUCCACCUUUUUUUUUAAAAAUCAUACAUGGCUGAUUAUUUGUGUGUUAGACGUACAGUAAUGAUGCCACCUGAUCCAGUUUUGUCAGAUGAAAUGAGACUAAACAAAUUAAUUCAAACAUUUUGUAUCACUACAGUGUCACUGUACCCGAGCUAUUUGUGUACAGUUUACUCACAACUUACACACUCUCAACUUACUUGCUGUCUUAUAUCUCUUGUGUCCUGGGUCUGAUUCUGGUCUGGGUGGAGUUUUCAUGCACUCUUUGUUUUUGCAUCUGACAAAAGUUUCCUAUCAACACACUUUAUUGAUUUAAUGCUGAAAAACUGACAUGCAUAUUACUGCUCAUUCCGAGGGUUUAUGAUUGAUAGCAAUUUAUACAUUGAGGGGUGCAUUUCUUAAAUGCUGUAGUUUCUACUGUAAGUAGCAGUGAAGUCACGUCAGCUAUGCUCAGGUGAAUACCAGUCAGGGACAGUUGUUCCAUUGUUAAAAAGCAACAGAAUGCUGAGACCAUCAAGGAAUUUGUAGUGUCAUUUGGGUGCACUUUCCAUCCAAGUGACACUUAUUGCCAAAUUCCAUUUACAGUGAGAACAGUGGUGUAGCUUGAUGGGUUGUUGUGCCCUGUAGCACAGUGAAGGCAACAGUCCAAUACCACCUGCCUGUUCAAGAGGCUUCAACAGGCUGGACCAGGGAAAGACUCGGGUCAGAACCGCAGGAUGAGCACCACACACACCACACGCUUCUGUUCAAAGACUAUCCCAAAACCUCUUAUACUGUAUAUAGUUUACCACCUUCUAGCCUGAACUCAGAGGCUGAGCAGAGCCUAACCAGGAUGGGCGAGCUCUAAAGGAACCAGGUUGAAGCAGGGCUGGUGGACCAGUGGGUGGGACUCUUCCUUCUCAACCAGAAUUUUCAAAACCCAUGCCUUGGUAUGGUGUCUGGGAAACUGUAGUGUAGGUGGUGCUACAUAAGACACUAAAAUGCACUCUUCACAGGCUGGUCAUCAAAAACCCAUUGCAUUAUACAGUACAGAAGAAUAGAGGUGUUAAUCCUGUUGUCCUGAUUAAAUUCCACACUUGACUUGCACAAUCUUGCCUCCUUCACGUUUCCCCAUAAUUCACCCGAUGAAGCAAUUUCUCGCUUCUGUACAUGAUCAGCAAGGCUGCUGGCAAAUGUCAGAUGCACAUCAUAAAGAGUGGUGCAGCGAGCAAGCAAAUAAUUUGUUUUGGACGAGUCAUUUCCACAAAUUAAAUUAAUUGGUUCACAAGUCAUUUGACUGUUUGAGCCAAAUAGAACAUCAUGCUUAGUCAACAGAGAAAAUGAUUUACAUCUCAAAGGACGAAGGGAGGAACUUGUAGAAACUUGAGUCAAAUUAAAUGCAAUAAACAUCAAGCAAUUGUAAUUUGUUAAAUUGUUCAAACACACAUAGCCCUAGUGUUAAUGACGUGUGAAGCUUAAGUGAACUGACAUCUUUGUAACAUUGUAAGUUGUUUUGUCUUGGUUCUUCAGCUGAAAUGUACAUAUGCCAUAGAGUAAGUUAAUAUUAAAAAGUGAUGCUACUGUACUUUAUUUUGGGGAUGUUUGAGAGCAUUUGGAAACAUUUAAGAACAUUUGACAAUAGGAAUAUUUUGAGAAAGCAGUUUUUGAGAAGACACUGCUUUUAUGCUGAGGAGCAAGUCUUUAACAGGAUGUCAACAAAUACACUGUAAAAUUAAUAAAUUCCUGCUUAAAGUACUACCAAAUAUAACAUUUUGAAUGAAGAAUAUGCAAUUGCGAGUAAACAAUGUGAGAACAUUUGGGUGGACUGUGGGAGAUCAUUGGAAACCCAUAUACUGGCAGGCAAGGCUGGAGAACAACACACUUCUAGCGGGAACGAGGACUGAAGGAGCAUUUGGGAGUGCAGGGAGUAUGUGCAAAGUGUAAUCUUUCUGAAAGUUUGACUUGGACAGAAUUCUGGGGGGUGUAGAGCCCUUUCACCUAUUCCGCUGUGGGUAGUAUACAACACCCUGCUGGAAGACCCACUGUGCAUGUGCCUUGAUGACACCCGUGGGCAUCUUGGAGAAAGAGAUAAAAGAAAUGGCAAGCUCAUGGAGGACCAACCAACACAGUUGCAUUUGUCAAGGAGAGUGAGAAGUGGACAAGGUCAAGGAAAAUCAAACAUUCUAUCUUCAAUAAAGCUCUAUCGUGGGGCAUGAGAGUGGGCCUUGGAGGAAGACUGCAGUUUCCUGAGUCUGUACAAACAUCCUUAAGGACAGACGUGGCAAUGUGGUCCCCUGAAAUGAGAAAGUUCAUUGUCAUUGAGCUGACGAUGCUGUGGUAAGAGGGAAUAUGAAGAUCUGGUACAAGACUGCAGAAAGAAAGGGUGGCAGAUGUGGUUGCCUCCAGUGGAGGUUGAGUACAGAGAAUUCCCUGCACAAUCAGCGUGGAGAAUGCUGACAGCUGUUGGCUGACUGGGAGGACAGAAUAGGAAGACAAGUUUGAAGAUAGGGAGAGAGGGAGGAGAGAGCCUCAUGCUGGCUCUGGAACAGGAGAGAGGAAUUAAUUUGAUGGGGUUGUCAAAAAUCAUUGGAAUUUAAUUAGUGCACUUUGGCAAUAGUUUUACAUGAUGCUUUCUUAUUUUCAGUUAUCUUGGUAAAUGCUCAUUUCAGUAAUUAUUUCUCUGAAUCAGUGAUACAGCAGCAGUGUCAUUCAGUUAAAUUACUUCAACAAUUCAGUGGCACUGUUUCAUUCAAGUAAAUCAGCGUUUUAGGUAAGACUUGGGAUGAUAAGCAUUGUUUAAAUUUAAUGACACAACAGGAUCAACAGACUUUUAGCCUCUUUUGCAGUGUUGUGUACCUGCCUGACAUCAUAUAAACACAGAGACCAUCCUCCCACUGAUAGAUACAGUAAACAUGAAUUCUUGUAUUCCACAUUUUUCAAUAAUUUUCAAUUGUGUACGUCGUGAUGGACAAAAGUCUUCAUCCACUCAAAGGUGUGAAAGUCGUAGUUAAUCUAAACACAUCUGUUGACUACAGAAAGGAAAAAAGAAAACUGUCAAACUACAGAAAAAGAACAUGGAAACCAAUCAUUUAUGAAUGUUUGAUGCCCUUUUUCAACCUGGAACCCCAAUGUCCAGCUUAACAUCUGAAACAUUGGCCUACAAUAUGGCUAAAAAGAAAUUAUUAAAUUUACAUAAGAUUUGUACUUCAUUAGAAAAAUUGCCAAAAUCAAAUGAAGGUUAAUACAAGAAGACAGAACUAUACAGACUUCUUCCAGUUGUUGUUUUUUCACAACAGGCUGUGGUCACUCAGUUUUUAGCUGGUGCAGUGGUUGAUGUUUCUUGCCAGUGCUUUGAAAUAUACAGUUUACAUUCAUAUUGAAACCAAGCUGCAUCUUUUGUUUAUUUCUUUUUGCCACGUAAAGUGCAACUAAACUCCUGGUUUGAUGAACAACACUGCAUGUCACUCCCUCUGCGAUGGUUUUAGGCAAUGGGCUAACAUGGAUAAAUAGACUCUUGUAUUAAAAGUGGAGAGUAUAAACUAGUUUUGGCCUAGAAA